UGGCUACACCGACACACGCGCCGUGGACCCAGCGGACAGCCCCCCCUCCCUCCCUGGAGAUCCCGAAAUGAUGCCCCGUCUGGCGGGCGGCGGCGGAGCGACUACCGGCAUCGUGUUUUCGGCGUGUCUGGUGUCCGUCUGUGAAGCCCUGAGGACCUGCGGGGAGGUCCAGUGCGGCGACGGUCAGCAGUGCUGCCCGCCCAUCACCAGCGGGAACGGCAGCGCCAGCUCGGCGGUGCGCUGCUGCAAACUCCCCAUCCACAUUUUCUUCGACAACGUCGGCUGGUUCACGCGGAAGCUCUCCGGUAUUCUGAUCCUGCUUCUCCUCUUCGCUAUGGGCUACUUCAUCCAGCGGAUCAUCUGCCCGCGGCCACGCCGGCACCCGAACCACGACCGCAGCGAGGAGCCCUCCCUCUUCCACGGACAUGCGUCGGCGUCCCAGGACUCCCUGCUGGACCGGUACCCCGAGUACAACCUGGGAGGCUUUACCUCCCCAAACCUGCCUGCCUACGAUGAGGUGAAGUACUUGCCCACGUAUGAGGAGAGCAUGCAGGAGAUGCACAGGGACCGGUCGGAUGAUAACUUGCUGGCCGAGAACGAGAGGAGUGACGCGGGUAGAGGGCGAGAGCAGCGGCGGGCGGUUCUCGAGGUAUCGGGACAGCCACACAGCCCAAGGACAUCGCGGAACUCUGUCUGAGAGGCGACAGACACUCACCCCAGACACUCUCUCAUUAUCUCCGGGGUCAGAGGUAUAAACUCAAGUGCAAUUAUAAUCCUGAAUGUUAAGAAUAAAAGACGAGUCUUGAGAAAAACCUGCGUGUUUUGACCAGAUUGUGGAGGAUUAUGUUCCUUUUGUAUGCAAAGUAGCUACUAAACGAAGGAAGAGAAGAGAUUAGAACGGGAGACAGCUGCUAAAAUCCAGGGCUUUGUGUUUUAGUCUGCGGAAAAAUCCCAUUAAGUUAAGAUCCAGCAGCUCAGUUUUAAGGGAACCGUGACCCUUCAAAUUCUGGACCCCGCAAAAAACCUCUUUGAAAAUGGAGAAAAAAAAAUCUUGUUUUUUUUUUUCUCAUUUCAAAAUUCUGAAAUAUGAGUAAACCAAUAAA